AAGAGUCGUGACUGAACGUGAACCGCGACUAAGUGGUCCGUAUCGAGCGUCAGAAAUAUUAUAACAGGUACCGCAAACAGAAACUUUUCGUCAUAUUGUGAAUACUCUAGUUAUCUACGGUUAGUAAAGUACUCACUUUAGAACAAUUUUCAAAAUGGCAGACGACAUGAAAGCAUUUGAGGAGACAUUUUGCGGUGUUUGGAAGUGGGAUAGAGAUGAGAACCUGAAAGAAACAAUGACGAGAAUGAAAUAUCCCGAGAAUGAAACUGAUAUGUAUUGCUUAAUGAAGCCGACUAUCUACAUCGAAAGAAGAGGUGACGAAGUUUACAUGAAGUUUGAUAUGGGUUCUAAUAUUGUACAUGACUGCCAGUUUCAGUUUGGUGUGGAGUUUGAGACAAAGGACGAUUUGAUGAACUCCUUUCACAAUAAGGAAACAGCGACAUUUAAGGACGGAGUAAUUACAUUUAAAGCCAGAACACAGUUAACAGGUCCGGGGAAAUGCGACACAUACUCCGAGUUCUUAAUUAAAGAUGGUGAACUUCAUACACCGAUGAGUCCACUGGAUGACACAAGCUUUAACGGCAACAGAAUUUACAAACGUGCUUAGCACCACGUGAAUCAUCGUAAUAAUAUUGCUGACGUGAUAAAUGCUGAUACAACACUUAGACAAGAAAUAAAAUAAAAGUGGCAUAAUGGUGACAAAUAUUGCUGUUUUUUUUUUCAAAAAUACAGUGACAACUCAAUGUUUAAAUUGCUGAAAUCAUCACACCAAAACACUGAUUUUAUAAGCUUUUAUUAAACAGAAAAAGGCGUAAUAUAUGCUUUAAUUAUAUUGGAUUAAAGAUGGUCAUUGUGAGUCUGUUUAUCUUUCCUAAAAUAUAUUUUAUCAUACUUGGAACAGUCAGUAUUUUGAAUGAAACUGACGAUGCAUGUCCAGACAUAACUGACAUAACUGACAGAAGAACACUGUUUUUGUGGUGUAAGGUUAUGUUUGACAGUAACUUAUAUAAUGAUGAUGUGUAUAAAUCUAAAUACGUUAUUGUUUAAACUAGAACUGUUACUGUUGAUAUUCCAGUUGAUUGUCUCAGUGAUUGUAGAAAACAGUAAAAUGAAUAAAUGAUAGUCAUAACUAAA